AUGACCAAAGUUCUACCUGUAGCUCAAUUAACCGCUGAAGCUUAUCCAAAAGUUAAGAGAAAUCCAUCCUUCAAAGUUCCAACAAAGGAUGAUGUACAAUAUUUCCGUUCAUUCUUAGAUUUCGACGAAAUCUUAGAAUCUUCCAACUCUGAAGAAUUAGCUUCAUUCAAUCAAGAUUGGAUGAAAAAAUAUAGAGGUCAAUCUAAUCUAGUACUUUUACCAAAAUCCACAGAUAAAAUAGCCAAAAUUAUGAAAUACUGUAAUGAUAAUAAAUUAGCUGUCGUCCCACAAGGUGGUAACACUGAUUUAGUCGGUGCAUCUGUACCUGUAUUCGAUGAAAUUAUCCUAUCAUUGAAAAACAUGAACAAAAUUAGAGACUUUGACCCUGUCAGCGGGACUUUCAAAUGUGACGCCGGUGUCGUCAUGCGUGAUGCUCAUCAAUUCUUACGUGAAAAUAAUCAUAUCUUCCCAUUAGAUUUACCAUCAAGAAAUAAUUGUCAAGUCGGGGGUGUCGUUUCUACUAACGCUGGUGGGUUGAAUUUCGUCAGAUAUGGAUCCCUCCAUGGUACAGUCUUAGGGUUGGAAGUCGUCUUACCAAAUGGGGAAAUUAUCAGUAACAUUAACGCCUUAAGAAAGGAUAACACUGGUUAUGAUUUAAAACAAUUAUUCAUCGGUGCUGAAGGUACCAUCGGUGUCAUCACUGGUGUCUCCAUUCAAGCUGCUGCCAGACCAAAGGCAUUAAACGCUGUAUUGAUUGGUAUCGAUAGUUUUGAAACUGUUCAAAAAUUAUUCAUUAAGGCUAAAAAUGAAUUGUCUGAAGUUUUAUCCGCUUUUGAAUUCAUGGAUCGCGGUUCCAUUGAAUGUACCAUCGAAUAUAUGGGUAAACCUUUCCCAUUAGUCAAUAGUCAUGGAUUUUAUGUAUUGAUCGAAACUUCUGGUUCUAACAAGAGACAUGAUGACGAAAAAUUAGAAGCAUUCUUAUCAAGUGCCUUGGAAACUAAAUUGAUCGCAGAGGGUAAAAUGGCCAAAGAUUUGGAUGAAUAUAAUUUGUUCUGGACUUGGAGAAAAUCGGUUCCAACUGCUUGUAACUCCUACGGUGGUAUGUAUAAAUAUGAUAUGUCCCUACAAUUGAAAGAUUUGUACUCUGUCUCUGAAGCGGUCACUAAAAGAUUAAAUGACGCUAGUAUGAUUGGGGAUGCUCCAAAACCUGUUGUCAAAUCUGUUGGUUAUGGUCAUGUUGGUGAUGGUAAUAUUCAUUUAAAUAUUGCAGUAAGACAUUUCACCAAAGAAUUAGAAGAUUUAUUAGAACCAUUUGUCUACGAAUAUAUAGCAUUAAAGAAAGGUUCUAUUAGUGCAGAACAUGGCGUUGGUUUCCAUAAGAAGGGACAUCUACAUUAUUCAAGAAGUGAGAUUGAAUUAAGAUUUAUGAAAGAUAUUAAAAACCAUUAUGAUCCAAAUGGUAUUUUAAACCCAUACAAAUAUGUUUGA